AUGACAGAGAAUAAUCAAAGCUCUAUGGCUCAUGUAUGGGUUGAAAAUGGACCUCUAGAAUCUACCAACAAAAUAACUGCUGGAUGGCAUGUGUUUCCUCAUUUAUAUGGUGAUUCAAAGACUCAUUUUUAUGCAACAUGGACGAAAGAUAAUUACAAGAAGACAGGAUGCUACAAUGUUCAAUGUCCAGGUUUUGUUCAGAUUGACAGAAAGAAUCAUCUUGGUUCAUAUUUUCCUACCACAUCUAUUUAUGGUGGACCAAUUCAGGAGGUUCUAAUUUCUAUUACCCAGGAUCCAAAGACAAAAAAUUGGUGGAUAGCUGCAGGAAAUACAAACAUUGGUUAUUAUCCAGCAGCAUUGUUCUCGAACUUAGGAUCAGCAGACACGGCUGGUUGGGGUGGAAGAACACAAGCUAAUCUUGGUAGAGCUAGCCCUCCAAUGGGAUCUGGUCAUUUUCCUGAUGGAAAUAGUAUCCAUUCAGGCUAUUUUAGAUCUCCAUCGGUUCAAGAUAAUUCAAGAGAGGAGUUUACACCUAAUCCUAUUAUAACUAAAUCCUUCACUGACAAUAGCGAUUGUUAUACUAUUGAUUACUAUGAACCAAAAGUAGGGUUUGCUGGUGCUGUCGAGUUUGGAGGACCUGGAGGAGCCAAUUGUGGAGAUUAA